AGGUUUUUGCUAAGCGGCGAUCCACCGGACUCGUCGUUGCACCGAAAGAUUGACACAUGGAAAGGAAUCUGCUGUUCUCCCCUUGUAAAAACGGCCAAAUCCUGCGCAUCCAAAGCUGGUUCGGCAUAUACGUACGUUGAUGUUUACCAUAGAAGAAGAAUAAUUUGUCAAAGUUGUUUCCUAUGAGCGCAGUUGUGUUUGUCGACCUUGCGUGCGCACAGCUGCGGGAGCGCCUUCAAGAAAUUGUGGGCCAGGUCUACGACACCGUGGACCUCAUCGACGUCUCUGGCUGUGACAGCAGUGCCUUCAUUACGGCCUGGCACGAGCGAUAUGGCGGUGCGGUGCAGCCUUCUCCAAAGCGACAAAGCGAGCUGGACGAUGUUCCGCACUGCCUCGUGUGUUACGUGACGGAGUCCAAGACGGUUGCCCACGCGGACGUCGCCUACGCCGUCUUCGUGGCGGAAAUCCCCACCCUGACCGUGACACCGUCCGAACCGCUGUCCCCUCUUCUUCAUUCCGCGGUGGGCGAUACUAUUGAAGCACAGGUGGAGUCUCUGCAGCGCUUCUUUGCCGGCCCCUCCUCAUCCAACGCACCGGAGGUGAUUGUGAUGGAGGGCGGUGAUGGGGCUGGGAAGCAGACGCAGACGGCACUGCUCGUGCAGCGCAUCAAGGAGGCCAACCGCGAGGUGCACACGCUCGACUUUCCACAUGACAGCAGCCUCUACGGCGGUCUUGUGCGCGUGGUGCUCUCCGGCAAAAAAGGCUCCAUCAGCGAGUUGGACCCGCAGCUCUUCAGCUUCCUGUACUCCCUCAACCGCUUUGGGUGCGCGCGGCUGAUGCGCUUUUGGCUACGUCGCGGGAGUGCGGUGGUGCUAGACCGGUACUACACCGCCAACUUCGGCCACCAAGCCUCCAAGCUGCCGCCGGCACAACGUGAGGCGUUCAUUGAGGAGUUGGAGUUUACAGAGGUGAACUGGCUCAAGUUGCCCAAGGCGACGGCGGUGCUGUACCUAGAUCUGCCACCGGCGGCCGCGCUGGAGGCGAUGCGUCGCGACACGACUCGAAAGCAGCUUGACAUUCACGAGACCGCCGGUGGCGACUACAAGGAGAAGGUGCGGCAGACGUACAGGUGGUGCUGCGACCGCCUUCCGGGCUGGCACCGGGUCGUGUGCUUCGACAAAAGCGGGUGCCGCCUCACCCGAGAAGAGGUGCAUGCCUCCGUUGUCACAUACCUACGGAGUGUACACUCGCAAGCGGUGCGCGACUGA